AUGGAAAUUUUGGAUUUGUCAAAUAAUCAAAUAAUGGGACAACUCCCCGACUGUUGGGAACAUCUAAAUUCCAUACGAUAUCUUGAUUUGAGCAAUAAUAAAUUGUCAGGGGAGAUACCACAAUCCAUGAGUACUCUUGCUAAUUUAGAAGCUUUGGUCUUAAGAAACAACAGUUUAACUGGAGAUCUACCAUUCACAUUGAAGAACUGCAGUCGUUUAAAUAUAUUAGAUGUGAGUGAAAAUUUGUUGUCUGGUCCAAUUCCUUCAUGGAUUGGAGAAAAUUUACAACAAUUGGAAAUCUUAAGCUUUCGAUUAAAUCGCUUCAUUGGAAAUGUUCCUGUACAUCUCUGUUAUUUGAGCCAAAUUCGUCUUUUGGACCUUUCAAGGAAUAUUUUGUCAGGAGGAAUUCCUACAUGUCUGGAGAAUUUUACUGCAUUGAUGGAAAGGGAAGUAAUAACAAGAGAGAUGGUUAGGGAUCGACAAAUGACAUCUAGAGUGACAUACUAUCAAAUUUAUGACUCUAACGUGUUAUUGAUGUGGAAAGGUCAGGAAUAUGUGUAUUGGAAUCCUGAGAUUCUUCUAAAGAGCAUUGAUCUCUCAAGUAAUGACUUAACAGGUGAAAUACCAAAAGAGAUUGGAUAUUUACAUGGAUUAGUUUCUUUAAAUUUAUCAAGAAACAAAUUAGAUGGAGAAAUUCCUUCUGAAAUGGGGAAUUUAAAUUGGCUUGAAUUUCUAGACAUGUCAAGAAAUCAUUUCUCUGGCAAAAUUCCGUCUACUCUUUCCAAAAUUGAUCGUCUUGCCAUGUUGGACUUAUCAAACAAUGAUCUUAUUGGAAGAAUUCCCUGGGGAAGACAAUUGCAAAACUUUGAUGCCUCUAGUUUCGAAGGAAAUAUUGGUCUUUGUGGUGAACAAAUUAACAAAAGUUGUCCUGGAGACGGGGAAAUAGUACAGCCUCGAGGACAUGAAUUGCAUAGUGAAGAUGACAAUUCAGUUUUCCAUGAAGCAUUAUAUAUGAGCUUGGGGCUAGGAUUCUUCACAGGCUUUUGGUGCUUAAUGGGGUCAAUACUACUUUGGCAACAAUGGAGAAAUGCUUACCUGAGAUUCUUGAACAAUCUGACUGACUAUAUAUUUCUAAUGGUUCAACUGAAGGCAACUAAAUGCCAUAGGUGGCUCAAAGGCUAG